AAGCGCGAGGACGAGGCAGGCAGGAAGGAAGCGCAUGGGCAUAGGCAUCAACCAGGGAAAGCUACACGUAACCUCCCAUACAUAACACGGCAACUCCCCCGGCUCCUCCCCUGAUCGAUCAUUCGAUCCCUUCCUUCCGCCCACCCGCCACGCGUGUCGCGCCAUGGUGUCCACGCAGCGGCCGCCGCCGCCGGAGAGGCCGCCGCCGCCCGUGCCCGCGUCCGCAUCCGUUCCCGCUCCCGCUAAGCCUCCGCCGCUGGAGACGCCCCCGCCGCCGUCGCCCUCGUCCCAGGCCGGGGACGAGUACCACACGCCGCCGCCGUCGCUCGACGCGUCGCCGCGGGAGGAGCCCGGCGGCUUCCCCCGCGACGGGAGGGGAGAAGGGGCGCGUGCGGCCGCGCCCCCGACGAGGAGCCCGACGCCUCACGCGUCGCCGCCGCGGGAGGAGCCCGGCGGCUUCCCCCGCGACGUGAGGGGAGAAGGGGCGCGGGCGGCCACGCCCUCGACGAGGAGCCCGCCGCUCCACGCGUCACCGCCGCGGGAGGAGGCCGCCGGUCUGCCCAGCGGCGGGAGGGGGGAGGCGGGGGCGCCCGCCAAGAGCCCGCAGCUCUCGCCCGUGCGCCUCCCCGCGCCGCACCUCCUGCCGCCGCCGGCCUCCCCCUCCCCCUCCGGCCGGAACGGGCACGAAGCGGCCGCGGCGCCGGCGCGCCCUCCGCAGCUCCGGCUGGCGACGGGGCUCGUCCGGACGCCGUCGCAGGGGUCGCUCGCGACCAGGUCCCCGUCCCCGUCCCCGUCGCCCUCGCCCACGCCGCCGUCGCCGCUGACCCCCGCGCCUGCGGGCAACAGGAGCGGCCACGGCCCGCCCAAGCAGCGCGCGGAGGCCUGGAAGCCGCCGCCGUCGCCCGGGAUCGCGGCACCGCACUUCAACCCCGCCGUGGAGGCCGUCACGUCGCCGCUGCGCCUCGGCAACGCGCACCACCUCGAUCACCACAACCAGCAGCAGCAGCAGCACGCGGCUGCGGCUGCGGCGGCGGAGAACGGGGGCGCGGUGCCUCCCGACGUGGCGGCCGUGGCCGCGGUCGGGGAGCGGAGGGAGCUGUCCGUGACGCUGCGGCUGGCCACGGCGGUGCUCAGCCUCGCGGCCUUCUCGGUCAUCGCCAGUGCCCGGACGUCCGGCUGGGCCGGCGACUCCUACGCCCGCCACCAGCAGUACAGGUACGCCGUCGCGGUGAACGUGAUCGUCUGCGCCUACUCGAUCGCGCAAUCGUUCGUCGAGAUCCGCCGCCUGAUCGCGCCCAGGUUCAUAUUCCGGAGCAUGUCGAGCUACUACUGCAGCCUGUUCCUGGACCAGGUCCUGGCGUACCUCCUGAUGUCGGCGUCGUCGGCGGCCGCGUCGCGCAACGACCUGUGGGUGUCGAGGUUCGGCACGGACGCCUUCAACAGGAAGAUCAGCAGCGCCCUGUGGCUGUCCUUCAUCGCGUUCCUGAUGCUCGCCCUCAACGCGCUCAUCUCCACGGCCAACCUCUUCAGCAUGGUCUGAUCGAGCCAGCCAGUACCGGUUGUAAAUUUUGGAGUAAAUAUAAAUAUCGCUGCAGAUUAGCCGGAGGCAUAGUACAUCCAUCAUACACGAUGCUUGUGGUACUGGGCCUGGGCCAUCAGAAAUUCAGAAUACGCUUGAUCAAUGGCUAAUAGAAUGCUGAAGCCUUUUUUAUGCGCAAAAAUUGACAU